UGGGGGGGCUGGGUAGGGGGAAGGGGAGGGGGGUUGAGGAUAUGGUGUCAAAAUUGAGGGUAAAUAUAGGUUGUCGUAGGAGUAGAAAAUUAUGUCUGGGUUUUUCAGCUUAGGAGGAGGGCCAGCUGGGGGGAACAAAGACCAGGAACAAGACGAAGACCAAAACCUAGGAGCUACCAACAACAAUAGUAGCUUGUAUCUGUUCAAGAAUGAGGAGAUCUACAACAAGGGUUUCGAGCUAUGGCAGCAGUACUAUCAAAUGCAUCAAAACCGGGCGCAUCACGUGCAACACCACCACCAACAACCUCAUCUCGUCGAUUUCUCAGUAGGCGUAGGCGGCGGCGGCGGCGGCCAGCCUAACAACCACCCCGCCGGAGGAGGUGGUGGGAGCAGUAGUAGCAGCGGGAAUCUGGUGGGGGAUGAUCAGAACCAAUCCGGCGGCGGCGGGUAUUCCUUCAGAUCAUCUUCUUCCGGUUUUAGGGUGAUGCGGCCGAGCGGCGGGACAAGCGGAAGCGGCGGCGGCGGCGGCGCUGGGCUGAACUGCCAGGACUGUGGAAACCAAGCCAAGAAAGAUUGCACACACAUGAGGUGCAGAACUUGCUGUAAGAGCAGAGGCUUUCAGUGCCAGACGCACGUGAAGAGCACGUGGGUUCCCGCCGCCAAACGCCGCGAGCGACAGCAACACCUCGCCUCCCUCCAGCAACAGCAACAGCAGCAGCAGAAUCUCAGCCUCAGAGGCGGAAGCGCCGCCGCCGACAACCCCAAACGCCUACGAGAGAGCCCUUCUUCUCUCGUUUGUACUCGUCUACCCACCACCUCGUCAGGGUUAGAAGUGGGGACGCAUUAUCCAGCCGAGGUGAAUUCUCCGGCGGUGUUUCGCUGCGUAAAAGUGAGCGCAAUGGAUGACGAGGUGGACCAGUAUGCCUACCAGACGGCGGUCAGCAUCGGGGGCCACGUUUUCAAGGGAAUUCUGUACGAUCAAGGGCCGGAGAGCCGCUACAACUCCUCCUCCGUUGCCGGCGAGGGCUCCUCCUCCCAGCCGCUCAAUCUCAUCUCCGGCGCCACCGCUACCCACCACCAAGCGCCGAUCACAAUGCUCGACCCCUCGCUGUACCCCACUCCACUCAAUCUAAUCAUGGCUGGUACGCAAUUCUUUCCACCACCCAGACCUUAAGCUCAAACCUAAGUAUUCUCUCUGAUUUCUCUACCCUUGGGGUUUCCACGGCGGAUUAAGUGUAGAUUAAUGAAUUUCCUUUGCCAUUUCAUUUCCCCAUCUUUUUUUUUUUUUUUUUUUUUUUUUGACAUCCUUUGAAUAUUGGAACUAGAAAACGGAAACCAUUUGUAUGAAUGAAUCUAGAGACAAGUGAUGAUGGAUGGCUGGUUGGGAUGUCUGAAUGAAUAUUAAUUGUUCUUCUUUUGAUUGAA